CUGGGCGGGGCCUGGUGUCCGCCCGGGGAUCUGCUGGGGCCGGUGUGUCUCUCUCCCGGGAGCCUGAUGGGCUGAGGCGCGGCGCCGGGAAGCCCCCGCGGAAGAUCAGAGCCCGGUGCGGCCGGAGGGACUAUGGAACCUCAGCACCCGUGUAGAUUUGGAGGGUUUAAAUACCAGUUUGUGAAGACUUUUUUCUUCUCCAGAUGAUCUGCUGGAUUAAACGUGUAAUUAGGAUGAUUUUUGAGCAAACUGGACUAAACAUGGAAUCGGUGCUGUGGUCUGGCAAAUCUUAUGGUUCAUCUCGAAGUAUUGUAAGGAAAAUUGGUACUAACCUCUCUCUUAUCCAGAGCCCAAGAGUUCAGUUUCAGGUUACCUCUCACUCUACAGAAGGAAUCUAUUCUAAGCUGCUGAGAGAUGACACAGUAGCCUCUUUUGCGGAUGUGGGAUGGGUUGCUCAAGAGAGAGGUGAAGUCUCUACAAGGCUCAGAUCAGAAGUUUGGUCAAAAUCAGCUCCACCUCUUCCGUAUGAACCAUAUUGCUCUGGAAGACCGCCAAGUAGACAAGUAUCCUUACCAAACCUAUUAGAAGAAGAGCCAUCCCCUAAAAACAUGAUGACCAUGAAUGAUGAAGCUCUGCAGAAGAUAAAUGCUCUAGAAAAUGAACUUGCCAGUCUAAGGGCACAAAUAGCCAAAAUUGUAACCUUGCAAGAACAGCAGAAUCUACCAGCAGGUGGUUUAAGUCCUCCUGCAUCAGCUUCUACACCUCUACUGCCACCACCGCCUCCUCCACCACCACCACCUCUUCCACCUUCUGGGGUACAUCGGAGUAUGUCUGCUAUUGAUCUCAUUAAAGAGCGGAAAGGCAAGAAAAUAAAUGUGGGACAGACUUUGAUAGAUAAUGGUCCAAAGAAGCCUGAAAUACCAAACAUGCUAGAGAUUCUCAAAGACAUGAACAGUGUCAAACUGCGCUCAGUGAAAAGAAGAGCAGAUGGCACAAAAUGCAAAUCACCUGACCCAACUGAUCCUGCAACACUAAUAGCCGAAGCUCUCAAAAAGAAAUUUGCUUAUCGAUACAGAAGUGAUAGCCAAAGUGAAACUGAAAAACAGAGUCCAGAGUCUGGGACAAAGGCUAAGUCUGAAAAAAUGCUGUUUGGACCACACCUGCUGAAGUCUACAGGAAAAAUGAAGACUUUAAUUGAAAAAUCUUAACUACUUAUAUAUCACUACAGGCACCUAUUCAACUGCUUUUAUUAGAAAUCAAUGUUCUGUAGUAAGUGUCUUUUGGAAGUUAGUGCCCUCCCACAAAACAACCCCCAAAAAACCUUGACAUAAAAUUAUAAAAACUUAGUGCCUUUGUUUUACAUGUUUGCAUUCUGGAGGUACUUGUCUGCAUGUGACUUUUAACAAGGGGGUUGACAGCACAUGUUUUUAAAUCUGACAAUUUUAAAAUCUAGGUUUUUUUAAUACCCAAAAUACUAAAACUUUCCUUUAGUGCUCUUAUUUUAACACUAAUUUAUCAAAUGUUCUUAUAUGUAUGACUGAUGGUCUUCAGACAGGUUUUUGUAAAUGUUAAUGGGAAUGAAGUACUGUUAAGUUACUGUCAGUCAUUCUAUCUCAUGUGACAGCUGAUUUUUAAGACAUUUCUUGUUCUGCAGUAUUGAGUCAGACGAGAAACUUCUGUUCCAAAGGAGAUCUCAUCAGAUAACAGUUUUUCAGUUUUGGCCUAAAAAAACCACAAAUAGCUCAGGUAAGGGUACCAGACCCUUCCGUUAAUAAUGAAGGAGAAACAGAACCUCUGAUUAGCUUCUCUGAUUUUUACUUGCUACAAAGCUGAGUUGUAUAGAAUAGAGCAUUUCAAAAAUUGAAAGAUUUCUCAAAUGACUGUCCUGCUCUCGAUGCAGAAUGUAGUGGGGGGAGGAAUGGAACAUAUAGUACCUUAGAGGUGAAUUUGACCAUCUUGGGCAAACUGGCCACAGGUAGCUUCAGGUCCAAUCCUAUGUGUGUGAAAUAGGGUAGAAUAGCAGCGUAGAUUAAAAUACUUCAGCCAGAAUGUCAGGGUAUGUGUCUUGAGUGAGAAAAUGCGUAAGUCAGGGAAGUUACAAAGUGGUAGAGAAGAGAAGAAAUGGGUACUUGCAAAUGAACUCUUGCAUGUGUGUUUAAAAUUUUACUGCUUUCUGAGGCCCUGAUCUCUGUUUUAGCUGGGGAUUAACUUGACAUAGGAGAGAUGUCUAUACUGCAGCUACACAUUUAAUGGGGAGAUCUUGUUCUGAGCUAGUACCUAGUGUAAAGCAGAAGAGACUGAAAGCUAACCUUGUGUGCUAACUGCCCAUGGCCCCAAGGGAAUAGUUUAGCAGCCAAGAUAGCCUGACUACAAUCCUUGCACUGGCUCUAGGGAAGUAUUGGUGUAGGAGAGCCUAGAUGGGCUGGGUCAGCUGAAGAUCCCUACACUGGGAAAAUCUUCCAUGCACCUGCUGUAUUGCAGCCUUGUCCUGUUUUUUUGGUACAGAGGUGGAUCAUCUCAAUCUUUGCACACAAAUGUAAUUCAGUUUUCUCAGGUAUUGAAAAAAUUGGGUUGCAAACAUUCUGGCACCACAGGACUAAAAAGCAGGAACUCAACAGAACUAACUUGGCUGCAUAUCAGGUAAGCUUGCAGCAAGUUUCUUUUGAAUAUGGAUAAUCACAGGCAGCAAAGUUGAGCCCUCAAUCUCUCUGAUACCAGUGCUUGUUCUUGAAAACUAAUUUUUUUUUUUUUCAAUGACUGGAAAAGUGCAGCGAUUUUCCAAGAACCUAGAGCCACUUUGUUAUAAGUUACUGAAGAUGUAUAAAGCAUGCUCAUCGCUAUUAACAAAUUAAGAUUUGACUAAAUCAGUAAGGGCUUUAUUCCUGAUGUAAUACUUGAACAUGUUGUAUUUACAAAGCUGUUAAAAGUAAAACAUUUAUAAAUGGUUUAACUAAAAAUGCCUGUUAUCUUGCUGUUUAUAUACGUUGAAUAAUAUUUUCCAAAGUCCUAUUACUUGGUCUCCAAAGAGCUUUUGUAUUUAAUGCUGUACUGAGAUGUACAAAAUAGAGGAAAAAAAACCCAAUGCUGACUUGA